GUACUAGCACCUAAUGUACAUGCACCUACCGGGUAAUAUCAUAGUUGCAAGUGAAGCGGUUACGGUGUUUUCCUGCAUCCAUAAAGCAAAACGUUCAAAGUUCAAAAAUCAAGCCUGUUGCUAUUAAAGUCUACGAUAACCUGAUGUGUACGGUCUAUUUGAGCACAAUAUGAGCAUCAAUGCAGUAUUAAUGUCAGACUAGAUAAAUAGACGCACCAACAUCAUCUAACAAUGGAUGUAGAUAAAACAGUGGAGGCCAUUUUCGAUUUGUACCAACGCUUUGGUGCAAAUGAUUAUAUUGGUGAGCCAGUAUCACAGACUGAGCACAUGGUGCAGUGUGCAAUGCUGGCUGAACGUGAAGGUGAACCCACAGAGGUAAUUCUCGGGGCCCUGUUUCACGACAUCGGGCACCUCGUUGGAAUGCAAGAAAACGCCGGUAACAUGGAGACAGAUGGAACUGUUCUAGGUAUCAGAGGCCAUGAAGAUGUCGGCCAGCAGUUCCUCGAACAACUUCAAAUUCCACGUAGUGUUAGUGUCUUCGCUAAGGGGCACGUUGAUGCCAAACGGUAUCUCGUGUAUAAAGAUCCUGGAUACUACGACAGACUCUCAGAGGCCAGUAAGAUGACCCUUGUCCACCAAGGAGGACCAAUGACGGCAGAAGAGGCAAGGGCAUUCGAAGAUGAGCCACAACUUGAGGCAAUUCUUAAGAUGAGAACAUGGGAUGAAAGAGCAAAAGAUCCAUCAGCUGAAAUUCACCCACUGGAAAGGUACCAGCAAAUGUGCAAAGAGUUGCUGUUGUCCAAUGCAGGUUGAAUGUAUAAUGCCUUUGUAUCUAACAGUAAUCAUGAACCUCAAACUUCGAUUGUAAUGGCUCCUUGUUCUACAUCUCAACAAAUCAAGAAUGUAUUGGUGCGACGAAGCAGAAAGCCCCUUCCCACUACUUAUGUUCUAGAAUAUUAGUGGCAUGUUAUUAUCGUGGCCGAGAUGCCAAUAAUUAUUGUUAAUAAACACUUGUGGACUGGGAGAAUUUAGUAUAAAACAAAACUAUAACAAAUUAUUUAAUUACACAUUUUGAUAAAAGUUUUGAUAUAAAGGUUAUUUUACAUGAAUACCUUGCAUGUAUUGCCAUUACUGUCAGCAAUGGAGUUUUAUGUAAAUAAACAAAGAAUGAUUAUUCAAACCAGAUAGUUUUGGCGGUCCUAUUGGUUGAAAGGUGGUCAUAAGACCAUGUCUAAAAUGGUUGAUAACGACAUAGCUGAAGCUGUUCAAGACCAGGGCCCUUUUUCAAAAAGCUGCUAAGCACUAAACACUGAUCUGCCAAUUACUUUUUUCAACAAAAAAAUACUUUGGAUUGGAACCAGUGUAUAUGUAAACUUCAUGUAUUGUUUUGCUGGUAAACCUGUCUAAGCAAGAUAUUUGUGUGCGCAUUAUGUUUAUGUGCUUACAAGCUUUAUGACAUAGCUGAAGCUUAUCAAGGUCAGGGCCCUUUUUCAAAAAGCUGCUUAGCAGAAAACACUGAUUUGCCAACCACUUUGAUGAACAAAAAACUACUUUGGAACCAGUAGCAACUAUGUACACUUCAUCAUUUGUUUUGCAGGUAAACCUGUCUUAGCUAAGCAAGAUAUUUUUGUGCUCAGCAAGUUUAUGUGCUCACAAACUCCUAGUCUGUCUGAAAUUUUGGGAAGUCACAAAUACACAAAGGAAUUGACUAGUACACGUACAGUUUUCCUUUAUUUUUAAAACUUUAU